AUGGAUUUGGAGGAAGAAGUGAGAAUUCAGAUAAGAGAACUAGUGGACAUUCAGACAAGAAUGGAAGCUGAAGAAGAAAAAAAUCGAACAAGGCAGAGGAAUAUCGUGAAGAGUGAAUUCAAGCAAUUCGAUACCAUCAAAGACGAAUUCUUUACCGAUCAUCACUAUUAUUAUGAUCACCAAAAGAAUUUGAAUCACCAAACAAUUGAAAGUAUAUCUCGUGAAUGUGACAUCUUAAAACAGGGACUCCCCGAUUGCAUCUUUGUUAGGGCCAACAAGGUAAAACCAGAUCUCUUGCGAGCAGUGAUCAUCGGACCUGAAGGUACUCCUCACCACGAUGGUCUCUUCUUUUAUGAUAUUUACUUACCUUCCAAGUUUCCCGAUGAAUCUCCCAAAAUUCGUUCUUUUCAUGCCGGUGGGUGGGAUGAAUGUAAUAUUCCAAGUCCAUGUCCUUGGAGUCCUUCCACAUCCACAAUUCUAGAAUCUUUAAGAUCUAUACGUAGAUAUCAAAUCUUUAGAGCAAAUUUUAUUCACAUAAAUGAGAUGGCAACUUUGUUGGAUAAUGAAUUAGCUUAUAAGUUCAAUUGGAGUACAAUGGUUGAUGUACUUAAUAAGCCUCCUAGGUAUUUUGAAAAUUUUGUUGCUCGUCAUUUUCAUGAUCGUGCCGAAAAGAUUUUAACAACUUGUAAGGCAUAUAUUCAUAAGAGAGUCAACACGGUUGAUCAUCCCGUUAUUAGGGUUCCAUGGCAAGACGAAUUUAAUGUAAUGGAGAAGCACUAUAACAAGCUUGUGGAUGCGUUUCAAAAGAACGGAUCUUCUGUGGCUGAUUUGUCUAAGCUUGGAAUCGAGUUUCAUGGUGAGUCAUCUUGGGGUACGGGUAUGCAGUUAGCUGGAUGGGCGGCAGUAAUUAUUGUCACCUUAGGCGCAUUGCCUGUUGCGUGUUAUAUUAUAACCAAGAUCUAG